GGGGGGGGGGGGGGGGGGGCACAAAAUCAGAUACGGGAUUAGAACUCAGGAGUCCCCGGGUGCCUCUAGGCAAAGUUGCAGCCAGAGCUCCCCCUCUUGCCCUGGAGACCCUCUUGGACUGUGAGUAGCUAGCUGGCCGCGAGGACCUGCAGACCUGGUGUCCGUGAAGAUGCUGGGAUUAGGAGUCCCCUCCGGGCUCGCCCUGCCUGGGUGGAUGAGCUGGAAGGGGAUCCUCAGUGGACAGGGAGGUGGCAGCUGCCGGUGGAGUGGGGGGAGAGAUAUUUUUAGAGGUGGCUGGAAAGCAGGCAUUCUGGCACACCCCCAGCUGGCGGGUGCUUCGCUCCAAUGCGGGGCAGGGGGGGCGGCGCGCAGCUCGGGGAGCCCAGGGGACCGGUGGGUGGCGGGGAGCAAGGGGGCACUGAUUCCUUCGCUUUGCCCGAGUCGGGGAUAGAGGGCUCUCUGGGCACCGCGUUCCUGGGUGGGAGAAAGGAGGACUCCGGUCCUCGCUCCAGGGGACUCCCCCACUGACACACGUGAAGGAGCGCCCUCGAACUCCACACAGCCCCCACCCCUCGCGGGGACCCCAGCCCGCCCUGCCUCGGGAAGCCCAGGACUCACGUGGGGAGCGGUGGCGGCAGAGGUCUGUCCCGGCUUAGUUUGGAGUGUAAAGAGUGGGGGAGUGGGGCUAGCGGAGGUAUUUGGGCGCAGGAUGGGGCAAGGGGUGCUUACGGGAAUUGGAGGGGACGCGGUGUCUUAUCCACCCCCGGAUUUCUGGGCUCCGGCUCACGAGUCCCUCCAGUCCCGAGGGCCCGUGGAUGAUGUGCGUCUGGGCCGCCCCCUCCACCUGCCCCCCAUCCCCCCGGGCCGCCGCCGCGUCCCCUUUAAAUGCCCGGGAGCCGGAGCCCGAGCCGCGGCUGGCGCUGCGGCUGCCGCAGCACCCGGGCCCACCGCAGUCCCCGCACGUCACAAGCGACUGUCCAAUCACAGCGGCGCCGGCGCACAUCAAAGGGGCGGGCGGCCUGCGGACCACGCCUUCAGGCUGCCCCGCAGGCUCGCGGAGCGCCCGCGCAGGUGGAGAGGCGCGCAGGGGGGAGAGCGGAGGAGAGGGGAUGUGGAGCGCCUCCCUCGGGAGCAGCGUGGGGGGCACCCUCGCGGGAGCGGCUGCGGGGCUCCGCCGGAGUCCCUGCCUACACGCCCAGAAGUGCCAGGGCUGUGCCUCCGGGGCGCCGAGCCCCGAGAUUUGCAGAAAUGCACCCCUGCCGCCAGCCCCCAUUCUCCUCUUCGCUCCUCCGCCGAGCGGUGGCAGGGGGUCGCCGAGAAAGGGGUUCGCCGUGAGCAGUGAUUUAAGGACCCAGUUGUUUGCCUUUUGCAAGUGAUGUUGUAAAUAAAAAACCCA